CGAGCAGCAGUCCAGCACUCUGAGAUUUCCAUCCAGUGUCAGGUUUCAGAGAGCUCAUCUCUCACUGCUCUUCAGGUUGCCAUUCUUGGGUUCAGGGAACUGACUCAGCAGUGGACUUAACAGCAAGUGUGCUGCAUAAUCUGACAGAGCGCUCACUCAGUGCGUGUCCUUUCUCUCAGCUUUGACUGGAGGCUUGGAACGGAAAAAGCAGAAAAUCUUUUUUGACCCCAACCAUCAUCUGACACCCCGGGGGCAUAGAACCACCGCACGCACUCGGCUGCUCUUUCUUCUUCAUCGAAAUCUCUCAGCGCAUUUGAGCGCAGAUCAUACCGGGAUGUGACCAACCUCCUCCUGGUUCCUGAGCUCAGUGUGUUGGAGUCGAGUCCCGUGCGCUGUUAUUGCUCGGCCAGUCUUUGGCAGCAUGGAGAGCGUGGAGAAGGAGUGCGGCGCUCUGGGCGGGUUAUUCCAAGCGAUCGUCAACGAUAUGAAGAACUCGUACCCAGUGUGGGAGGACUUCGGUGCCAAGGCCACAAAACUACACUCGCAACUGAGGACUACAGUACUGGCGGCAACUGCUUUCCUGGAUGCCUUUCAGAAGGUGGCAGAUAUGGCAACAAACACAAGAGGUGCUACCAGGGACAUCGGUUCUGCUCUGACCCGAAUGUGCAUGCGCCACCGCAGCAUUGAGGCCAAACUGCGACACUUCACCAAUGCUCUUACGGAGAAACUGGUCAUACCACUCCAAGACAAGAUAGAGGAGUGGAAGAAGACAGCUGCUCUUCUAGAUAAAGAUCAUGCCAAAGAAUAUAAACGGUCUCGACAGGAGAUCAAGAAGAAGUCCUCUGAUACUCUGAAGCUGCAGAAAAAGGCCAGGAAAGGUCGAGGAGGGCUGCAGCCUCAGUUGGACAGUGCUAUGCAGGAUGUGAGUGACAUGUACUUGCUGAUGGAGGAGACCGAAAAACAAGCCGUGCGCCGAGCCCUCCUCGAAGAGAGGGGCCGCUUCUGCACCUUCAUUAGUUUUUUGCAGCCUGUAGUGAAUGGAGAGAUUUCUAUGCUGGGAGAAGUAACUCACCUCCAGGCCAUUAUGGAUGAUCUUUCUGUGUUAACCACAGAUCCACAUAAACUGCCAGAGGCCAGUGAACAGGUUAUCCUGGACUUGAAGGGUUCUGACUACAGCUGGUCCUACCAGACUCCCCCCUCCUCCCCCAGCAGUACUGGCUCGAGAAAGAGCAGCCUGUGCAGUUUGGUGCAUCUACCACCAGGUGGCGCUCAUCGCCUGAGCAGCGUCUCCUCUCAUGAUUCUGGAUUCAUCUCUCAUGAUGCCAACAUGUACUCCAAACCUCCUUCUCCCAUGCCAUCAGACAUUACCAGCCAGAAGUCAUCCAGCUCUGCAUCCUCUGAAGCAUCAGAGACAUGUCAGUCUGUUAGCGAGUGUGGCUCUCCCAUAGCAUUUGGCUCGUCCUUCGCUACAUUUCACCUUGCUCACACUCAUAAUGGCUCCAUCAGACCUCUUCCCUUUAUGUCCUAUAAUCAUUCCCCUGGAUCACACUCCCCCUCACCCACAACCAAAGUUCAUCACUGGAAGCAGCAGGACUGGUCUAAAAUAUCUCACUACGAGCAGCAAGGGGUGGCACUGCAGCGCAGGAGUGAAGCUGUGGAAUCCCCUACUGGAGCGAGAGGGUCUCUGCACCCCGAGGACCCGUACAGGACUAGAGUGAAUCCUACAAACAUCAGUGCCAAGCAUGGGAAACCGAUGAUGUCUGCAGCCAGUGAGCUUGCCAUGGUUCUGACACGUGGUCUGAGUAUGGAGCAGCAGAAGAGCAGCUGUGACUCCCUGCAGUAUUCGAGCGGAUACAGCACACAGAACACCACUCCAUCUUGCUCUGAGGAUACCAUCCCCUCACAUGUUUCCGACUAUGACAGCUACUCAAUGAACGGCGAUGUCGACUGUGAUGCUCAGUCAGACUUUGACAAAUCUUCUACUGUCCCUCGGAACAGCAAUCUGGCCCAGAAUUACCGUCGCAUGAUCCAGACCAAGAGACCUGCAAGCACCGCAGGGCUUCCUGGAGGUGUUGGGGCCCAUGGUAUGCCUGGAUCCAAUGGCAAAGGAGGAGGAGGAGUCAUAUCAUCUGGGACAGCCACCAUUCGUCGGACCCCAUCCUCCAAAACUGGCGUGAGACGCACCCCGUCUAACGUGGGUCCAAUCCCCAUCCGUCCUCCCAUCAUCCCAGUGAAGACACCAACUGUUCCAGACUCUCCUGGUUUCCCCAGCCCUCCCCCAGAGCACAAUGGCAGUGAGGAAAGCUUGUACACUGAGGAACCUCUGGAGAACCUGGAGUUCAAAGCUUCACCAAAGCGGAUGAGCCUGCCUAACCAAGUGGCUUGGAGCACAGGCACUGGGAUGCGAGUCCAUGUCCAGCAGCCUGGAACUAUACCUCUCAGCACAGAGGAGGACCAGCUUCUGGCUGCUAACCGCCACAGCCUGGUGGAGAAGAUUGGUGAGCUGGUGGCUAGCGCCCAUGCUCUUGGAGAUGGCCAGUUCCCAUUUCCUACAGAUGCCCAGGCUGGUCUAGGAUGCCAACAGGACCCAGCACCCCAAUCAGAAGGUGAUGACAUUUUGAAGUGCAUCCGUAGAGGAGUGCGUCUCAGGAAAACCAUCUGUAAUGACAGGUCAGCACCCAGGAUCAUGCGAUAGCUUUACUGAGAUCUCAGUGAAAAUUCUGCACAAAGAAGAAUGCUUAUAUGUAUAUUAAACUACUAAAAAGGAAUUAUGCAACUUAAAUUACAAACAACUGCUGUCUAACAAAGGCAGGCCAGUGCGAUGUUAUGUGUAAAUGGACAAAGUUUCUGUAUGGACUAUGGUAAAUGGUAGGAAUACUACCAUCUAUUGGAAAAACAAACUAUAAUGAAUUUACAGCUCAAAAGAUGAGAAUAUGUUUAAAGUACAUAUUAACAUUCUAGUUAUGUCUGGUAUCCUUUUGGAGUUUUGAUUUGUAAUUACUAUGUUAAUCAUAUGUUAAUCAACUGUAAUGGACGUACGGUAAAGUGAGUUUGACGACUUUCAUUUCUCCUUAGGUAAUGGCUUUGUAAAAAAAAAAAACCCACACCAAAACAAAAAAACCCCAAAGUGUCUUCUUGUUGAUUAAAAAGCUGUUGUGUUGAACAGCACCAACAUUAGCCUACUCACACUCAGAGGGACCACAUGAACAAAGUACUGUAUAUAUUGUAAACUGCCAAAUAAAACUCCCCAAGUGUACCACA